GUAGUCCGCCGGGCUCCGCGACGUCUCUGAUUGGCCGGCCGCGGGGCCUGCUGCGGCUCCGCCCCUGGUCUCCACGGCAACGCGGCGGGUUCUCGCCCGUCAGUCCUAGCCUGGCUCUGCCCCUCCCUGGAUUUUUUCCGCGCUGGCUGAGAUUCAAAGAGAAGUGGAGGUGGGAGGGAGCGGCAAUGCAAAAAUCACCUAAAAAUUGGGACAGAGGAAGGAGGCUACAGUUACGAAGGACAGCUGCAAAAGUUGCAGCAGAAAGGUUGGGAGUCCCGACAGGUUCCGUAACCCACAGAAAAGAAGCAAGGGACGGCAGGACUGUUUCACACUUUUCUGCUUCUGGAAGGUGCUAGACAAAAACAUGGAACUAAUUUCCCCAACAGUGAUUAUAAUCCUGGGUUGCCUUGCUGUGUUCUUACUUCUUCAGCGGAAGAAUUUGCGUAGACCCCCGUGCAUCAAGGGCUGGAUUCCUUGGAUUGGAGUUGGAUUUGAGUUUGGGAAAGCCCCUCUAGAAUUUAUAGAGAAAGCGAGAAUCAAGUGUGGACCAAUAUUUACAGUCUUUGCCAUGGGAAACCGAAUGACCUUUGUUACUGAAGAAGAAGGAAUUAAUGUGUUUCUAAAAUCCAAAAAAGUAGAUUUUGAACUAGCAGUGCAAAAUAUCGUUUAUCGUACAGCAUCAAUUCCAAAGAAUGUCUUUUUAGCACUGCAUGAAAAACUCUAUAUUAUGUUGAAAGGGAAAAUGGGGACUGUCAAUCUCCAUCAAUUUACCGGGCAACUGACUGAAGAAUUAAAUGAACAGCUGGAGAAUUUAGGCACUCAUGGGACAAUGGACCUGAACAACUUAGUAAGACAUCUCCUUUAUCCAGUCACAGUGAAUAUGCUCUUUAAUAAAAGUUUGUUUCCCACAAACAAGAAGAAAAUCAAGGAGUUCCAUCAGUAUUUUCAAGCUUAUGAUGAAGAUUUUGAGUAUGGGUCCCAGUUGCCAGAGUGUCUUCUAAGAAACUGGUCAAAAUCCAAAAAAUGGUUCCUGGAACUGUUUGAGAAAAACAUUCCAGAUAUAAAAGCAUGUAAAUCUGCAAAAGAUAAUUCCAUGACAUUAUUGCAAGCUACGCUGGAUAUUGUAGAGACAGAAACAAGUAAGGAAAACUCACCCAAUUAUGGGCUCUUACUGCUUUGGGCUUCUCUGUCUAAUGCCGUUCCUGUUGCAUUUUGGACACUUGCAUACGUCCUUUCUCAUCCUGAUAUCCACAAGGCCAUUAUGGAAAGCAUAUCUUCUGUGUUUGGCAAAGCAGGCAAAGAUAAGAUUAAAGUGUCUGAGGAUGACCUGGAGAAACUCCUUCUAAUUAAAUGGUGUGUUUUGGAAACCACUCGUUUAAAAGCUCCCGGUGUCAUUACUAGAAAAGUGGUGAAGCCUGUUGAAAUUUUGAAUUACAUCAUUCCUUCUGGUGACUUGUUGAUGUUGUCUCCAUUUUGGCUGCAUAGAAAUCCAAAGUAUUUUCCUGAGCCUGAAUUGUUCAAACCUGAACGUUGGAAAAAGGCAAAUUUAGAGAAGCACUCUUUCUUGGACUGCUUCAUGGCAUUUGGAAGCGGGAAGUUCCAGUGUCCUGCAAGGUGGUUUGCUCUGUUAGAGGUUCAGAUGUGUAUUAUUUUAAUACUUUAUAAAUAUGACUGCAGUCUUCUGGACCCAUUACCCAAACAGAGUUAUCUCCAUUUGGUGGGUGUCCCCCAGCCGGAAGGGCAAUGCCGAAUUGAAUAUAAACAAAGAAUAUGACAUCUGUUGGGCCUCACAAGGGCCAGGGCCUUCUGGAGGAGUGGCACCACCUCACCUGGCAGCACCUAGACCUGAGCCCUACAAAAACACACUGCUUCACUUUGUUUUAGGACUUAGUUCAAGAACACAUUCAAAUGGUGCAUGUGUUUGGUAUCUUCAACAGUAGACCAAGCAUCUAACAUCACUCUCAGUAAUAUAGAGACCAGAAUACAUGGUUUAUAGGAAAUGACCAAAUGAUCCAAAAAACCCACAUUUUUUGAGAAGUUGGAAUUUGAUUUCAUGCAUAACUGUAUUAAAACAUUAAAUAGAAAUAAUGUCAUUUGAAUGAAAAUCUUAUCACAUUAAAUUCACUGUGAAGGCAGCAUACUUAAAUUUCUAUUUUGAAAAGUCUAAAAGGCUUAGAUUUUUAAAAUUUAAUAAUUAUUUCUAUAAAUUUUCUAUUUUCUUAAGGUGAUUCUCAACUAGCAGUUGGAACUCCUAGGCUCUAUUAACAUAAUUCUUUAUUGUAAACGUAUCUAAUGCUAAAAGUAAUAAAAUGAUAGUUUUCUGAGACCUAUGAGGACAGGAAUGGUGUCUUACAUUCAUUUCUACACUUUGUUAUGCUCAGGAUUGCACCUUCUUUACAGAGUAUAUUCAAUAAAUGUAUGUUGAUUGA